GGGUGAUCGAAGGCAAGUGGUGGAGUUAAGACAUGUGUAUAUUCGUUUAAAAAAUGAAAUAGAUAGACGCUUUCAGACGAACACGCAUCCGCUUUUGAUUCGCAUGGACCGAGGAUCGAGAGUUGAGGUGGUGCAGGUGCUUCCUCUCCCUGUCACACCACGUUCCGAACGGGUGGUGACGGUGCGGGAAAACCUGCAGCCUACUGGACUCGUCAAUCUCAGUGAUCUCGCUGCUGCUCGCGACCCGUACAAUGCGCAGUCGAUUCCUGCUGUUUCGAAGGUGCAGUCCUCUUUGGGCUCGUCUUCCUCCUCCUCUUCCAUACACAGCGGGGCCCGACGGACGAUGCUCUCCCUUUCCAGUGGCAUCACUCCCAGUGGAACGCCAGUUUCUGGUGUCGUGCCCUCACAGUUGGGCGAACAGAUUAGACGACAGCAGACGCAGUUUCUCUCCAAACGAGUGCGCGAGGAUUCCAUGCGCUGGGGAGAACCCGAUACCAUUCAUGUGACCGCCAGAGAUGUGCGAAUGCGGGACCCCAUUAUGGUGCAUGAGGCACUUCAAGAAGAGAAUAAAAAAUAUCGCAUCCUGCGGCGGAAGGAAGUCAGUCAAACGUGUAUCAUUUGCGGUGUUAACUGUGAGGAUGAAAGCACACUUCGAGUAGUGGUGGAUUUACUAAAGAACAAUACUCGGAAUAUGGGACGGCAUAUCCCAACGAUGGCGGAACUUCGACAAGCGUUAAGUGAUCGCCGGAGAACUAAAGAUGGAAAAACUCGAGAGCGUCUCACCUGUUCCGAACACUUUGUGGAUCUCCGAACACGCACGGUACACGUUGUGCAUUGUCGCUGUGCCCAUCUUUGCACGAGUUAUCAGAGGGGAGCUGAACUUGAGGACGUUGUCUUUUGUGAGUUGCCCAUGCAAACAUGUGAUUUAUGUGGAAUGCCGGGAGCGAGUGUGUCCUGUUAUCAUCCCGAUUGCCAUGAGCGGUAUCACACCGUGUGUGCCUUGUUUUCAGGCGGUUAUGUGAACUUUGGAAAGAAGGAUCCAUAUCUGCCCUGUCCGGCGUGUCCGAGACACACGCAGGUGGUCGUGACAGCAUCCAAGAAGACACCUCUUUUGAAUGGUCAAGACGCCUCUUCGUGGUGGGAAGAGGACGAGGUGGCGUUUGACUCACGUGUUGUGGAGGACACAGAUCUGCGCGACCCGGACGAGAAUGAUGGGGCUUAA